AUGGCUCCGAACAUUGUGAUGAUGGGCGUGACGCUCGCGAUUGCGCUCGCGACGCGGUCAAUACUUGACCUUGAGAACGCCGUUCACACGGGCUUGGUGCGGGCUCUGUAUGGCCUCUCGCAGCUUGGUUGCUACAGUGUACUGCUGUUUAUGUAUAUGAAGGCGAAGAGAAACACAGAGCCUGGAGUGGUGACUGUGAAAGAGGACGUGGGGUUUGGUCAGAAAGGCGAGAAGGUUGAGAAGAUUUCGGUGGCGGAGCAUGACCAACGGAUGGUCAGGAAGGACUUGCAGCGUUACGUGCUAGGUACGGUCAUGACCGUGCUGAUCCAUUGGAAGUGGGGCUUCUUCCCGCCGCUCGUGAUUCAAGCGCUCACGCAGCCUUGGAAUCUGUUGCAGUCGCCGGUUGCGAAGGUUACGCUGCUUGGGCACAAAGCGUGGGGGGAGCUGCGUCGGCCGUGGACAGACCCGAACGACAUGAGCAAAGCCGUGACUUCGUACACUGACACCAUCAUGACGGCGCUUGGUGAAGCACCUGAGAAAGUCAGCAAGAAGGCUAGCAAGAAGGCGGCCAAGCGCAAGAACAAAUAG